CAUCAAGGGUGUCCGAAGAGCUGUUUCCUCCCCAAGAAUCUUGCUAUGGCUUCAGCAGAAAAUAGCAUUCCAGACUGGGGGCCCUAGCAGCUGGUGUGCACCGCCAGUUUAGGGCUGAGAGCCCUGGCUGCUCCUAGCAACCCUUUCCAGAGGAGCCCUCCCUCUUAGGACUUUACUCCGCGUCUAACACAUUCUGUUUCCGCUCUGUUUGCCUGACCGAGUUGUUAUUCCACAUCCUGCCAUAGUUGCAUAAUUUAUCUGUGUGCUUUCCUUCCAGAGAACGAAUCACUGGCUUAGAUUUCCUGAGUUGCCCAGGAACUCAAGGUGGCGUACGUGGUUCUCCUUUCUCUGUUCUACCUUCACAACAACCCUGUGAGGGAAGAAGAGGAUGAAAUUGACUGGCCCUCGGUGUUCCCGCCCUACCAACUUGGAGCAGUGUGGAAAGUUAAGCUUGGAUUUCAGAUUCUAAUCCACUGCACAGUCAUAUAGAGUGCUUUAAGUGUCAUAUCUUCGCAGUAAUUGUUUCAUCUACAGAUAAGCAAGCAGAGUGGAACUGAUAGUAAUUUAAUUUUUUUUAAUCAGGUACUUUCCCUCUUGGGGUGGGGGAGAGGUGGCUCAGUGCACAAGAUGGGAGGUAUCAUUUUUGGCCACUUCCUUACCAGUAAACUGAACUGGCCUGAAACAGCUUACUUUCACCCCAGAAUGUAACCUCAGUCCACAGAGGUGUGAGCACACAGGGAGAAACCAUGCUAUGAAACCUCAUUGUUCAUAACCUCUCCCCCAGCGUAUGUAUGUAUAUAUUUCUGUAGACUGAGGUUUCACUUCAGGCAUCUCUCCGCCUAACCUACCUCAUAGGGUUCUUGUGAGGAUAGAAUGGAGAAGAGGAGAAUGAUAUAAGCUGCUUUGGGGGGAAAGGUGGAGUAUAAAUGCAGUAAAAUAAAAAUACAAUAGAUAAUAUUAAUUCAUUCAUUCCAUUCAUUCAUUAUAGUCCUAAGACCAGCAUAUAAAUUAAUCAAGCCAGGAUACAAUUAAAAGGAAAAAAGGUCCACUUUAAGAACGUUUAAGAUACAAUUCCCAUAAUUUAAGAAUUAAUGCAGAACAUUUAGCAACUUGAUGUGUAAUCCUAAAAUUUUUAUCAGAUAAAAACCAGCAGAGCCUUGCAUUAUUGGUUGUUAUAUGACCAGGGAUCAUAUCAAAUAAUGAAAAUGAAACGAACCUCCCUAUAAAAUGGGCAACUAAAAACAUGUGCUCGAUAAUGUAAAAUGUUGCAGUAAGAACUGUGUCUCUGCAAAAUACACUUUGGAUGUCCCGUUCUCUCCUUUUUCCCAGUCUCCUCUAGAGGUACAAUGUCAUCCCAGAACAAUCAAGCUCUCCACAAAUGGAAUAAGCCGGCAUUCAGCGAAACGCAAGCUGUCAGCUUGGUCGAACGGGUGUAUGGAUUCAGCGUCUCUAAAAUCAAACCACUUCCCAGCUAUGAUGAUCAAAAUUUCCACCUGCGUGUAGCUGGCUUGGAAGGGCCUCCAGAGGGCAUAGAGGAGUAUGUCCUCAAAAUCACCAAUUGUGAAGACAGUCAGAAUCCCAGCCUCAUUGAGGCGCAGACGCGGAUCAUGAUGUUUCUGAGCGCUGAAGGUUUUCCCGUGGCCACCCCACGUUUCACCACGCAUGGAGAAAUAAUGUUUCUCAAAUCUAUAGAUAUUGGCUCAGCCACCAUAGGCUACAUGGUGAGGCUGCUGACCUAUCUGCCAGGCCAACCGUUGGCAACCAACCCCGUGAGUCCUCCCAUUCUGUAUGAGGUUGGACAGCUAGCUGCCAAGCUGGAUAAAACACUUGCUGAGAGAUUCCAUCACCCAUCGACAAAACAUCUGCAUCGAGACAAGUUCAUCUGGAAUCUGGCAAACGUUCCUCUUCUGGAGCAGUACAUUCCAGCACUGAACCAGAAUAGAGAUCUUGAAGUCGUGAAGCAGGUUAUCCAACAAUUCAAGCUUAAAAUAGUGCCAAAGCUAAGCAACUUCCGGCCCUGUAUUAAUCACGGAGACCUCAAUGAUCACAAUAUCUUAUUGGAUACAGAUUCUGGUUCCCCUCAAAGUCCACGCUACAGAGUAUCGGGUAUUUUGGACUUCGGUGACAUGAGCUAUGGCUAUUAUGUGUUUGAAGUUGCAAUAACUAUCAUGUACAUGAUGAUUGAAAGCAAGGAUCCGCUCAGCGUGGGAGGGCACAUCCUUGCGGGGUUUGAAAGUAUCAUCCCCUUGACAGCCGAGGAGCGAGGUGCCCUCUUUCUCCUCGUAAGCGGAAGAUUCGCUCAGUCUCUAGUGAUGGCCGCGCACACCAUUCUGCUGCAUCCCGAGAACGAAGAGUAUUUAAUGAUCACUUCCAAAACGGGAUGGAAACACUUAGUGAAACUGUUCGAAAUGGGCCAGGAAGCCAUGGAGAAUAUCUGGUUUGAAACGGCAAAAAGAUAUACCUGAAACAACCCAACUUUAGCUCUCGGAUUUCAUAGCAAUCGAUCAUGUAUGUUACAUAGUGAGAAAGAACAAUUCCCAAUGUAAAUACUGCAGAGGUAUGGAAUAAAAGACGCUCAUUUGGACACAUGCCCAUCAUAGAAUCCAUUCUGCUUCCAAAAUCCAGACUCUGGAAUUUAUCUUGGGUUGGAGAAGGAUUGAAGAGGUAGUAGGAGGGGAAGGCCAUGGGGAUUAGGAAAAACAGGGUAGAGCAGGAUGGGUUCUUUAAUGGUUACCCCUACGUGUUUCGCAUCAUGUUCCUCAGGGGGAUCUUCAAAAUUCCUUUUAACGUCUAUUCCAUAUAUGCACUUAUUGCAAAGUAGGGGUCACUUACAAUUAAAGAAUUCUUCCUUUUGCACCA